AUGUUGUCACAGGUGGAACAAGAAAUCCGACGCAAAGUCGAGCGUGAACUCAACAUUAUUCAAGGAGCCAGUCAGCUCAAGAAGAAAACCGACAAUGUGAUGGUAAUUCAGAAAUGUAACACCAACAUUAGAGAGGCUCAACAAAAUAUUCAAUAUCUUGAGGAAACGCUGAGAAAGUUACAGCUCAACAACGGGCCAGACUCACAGAGCGCCGCGCAGAAGCGGGCUAGUUUAGGAUAUGGCCAAUUGUCUACAAUUGCUCCCGACGAACUUACUUUCUCACGCCUGGAUCUGAUGAAAUAUGACUGUCCCUCACUGUCUCAGCGUAUUCAGUACAUGCUGCAACAGUUGGAGUUUAAGCUACAGGUGGAAGAACAGUAUCAAGAAGCCAACGAAAAGCUAACAAAGCUGUAUCAAAUCGAUGGCGAUCGCCGUAGCAGUUCUGCCGCAGAAGGUGGAUCGAAGGAGUCGAAACAAAGAAUCCAACUGCUUAAGAAAUCGCUGAAGAAAUACCAAGCGAUCAACGUAGACUUAGAUCAAUUUAAAGACCAUGCCGACGGAUCACAGCCAGCGCAGCCCAAAUUUAGAAGAAAGCAGUUAACCGGAACACUCACUAUUGGUAUUAAUGCUGUACGCGAUGUUGACCACAUUCAAUCCCCUAUGUUUUCACGUAAACCAGACACUUUUAUCACAAUCAAAAUUGAUGAUACGGUCCAAGCCAAGACACGCCCUUCGCGAACCGGCAGGUGGCAGGAAGAAUUUCAUAUCAACGUAGGCAAAGGUAACGAAAUUGAGUUUACUGUUUAUGAUAAGGUCAACGAGCAAAUUGUACCUGUUGCCCAAAUGUGGCUGCUUUUAUCUGACAUAGCUGAAGAGAUUCGUAAAAAGAAGGCUGGUCAGACGGGACAAAUCGGCUGGAACCCUGCGGCAAGAUCUGCUUACCAACCGGAAACGACUCUUGUAGACCCGAGUGGCGAAGAUUCCACUACGAGACAUGCAAGCGCGUCUUCAGCCGAUGCGAUUACCUCGCAACCAAUUACAUCAAGCCUGUGGUUUGUGCUUGAACCUGCUGGCCAGAUAUUGCUGAACCUUGGAUUUAGCAAGUCGAGUGAACCGACAAAUAAAAAUUUGAUGGGCGGUCUUCAUCGCCAUGGUGCCAUUAUCAACAGAAAGGAGGAAGUUUAUGAACAGCAUGGCCAUCAUUUUGUCCAGAAAUCUUUUUACAAUAUUAUGUGCUGCGCUUAUUGCGGAGAUUUUCUGCGCUACACUGGAUUCCAGUGUCAAGAUUGUAAGUUCUUAUGUCACAAGAAGUGUUACAACCAUGUCGUCACCAAGUGCAUUGCCAAAGCUAGCACCGACGCAGACCCCGAGGAACCUAAACUCAACCAUUGCAUUCCACACAGAUUUGAACCCAUUUCUAAUAGAGGAACUAAAUGGUGCUGCCAUUGUGGUUACAUCCUCCCAUGGGGUAAGAAAAAUCUGCGGAAAUGCUCUGAAUGUGGUAUCAUGUGCCACAUUCAGUGCGCACAUCUUGUACCCGACUUUUGUGGAAUGUCUAUGGAUAUGGCAAAUCAGAUAUUAACCGCCAUUCAGGAUACUCAGCGAUCUCAAAAGGAGAGAAAGAAAUUGCGAGUUACAGCCACCUCUGCGCAAACUGAUCAUCAGGGGGAUGCAGCAAAAAAUAAGGUUAAUAAAGUCAACAAGGUCUCAAGUUUCGAGGUUAAGCCUUUACCUGCUUCUCCUUCAAAUAUCAAUUUCGCAGACGUUCUCGGCAGCGGCCGAAAUAUUCAGAAUGGUAAACAAAAUUUGUAUGACUUUGAAGCUACCGAAUCCAUUCAACAGCAACCAACAAAACGUAUUGCUCCAGAAGAGGCAAGGAAUGGUUUGUUAAAUGAUAGACUUAACGAUUUCAUCGAGCAGAACACCGAUUACGAUGCAUUUACUGGUGGCGCGCAUUACUCGCAGCCAAAUGAACCCGAAGAGGCUGGCCGCACCUUAGACCCUACGAAUUUUUAUGAAAUCGAUAACGGUACACCAGAGUUCACUAUUGAUAGUACGAAGAGCCAAAUGGAUAGAGAUGCCUGGAUUAAGCAACAGCGGGGCGAAGAGCUCGAACAAAAACAGUCUCAUCAAGCCGACGAACCGUCGAAUGAGACACCGGACACAGCGUUCAUGGACCUGGAUACAAAACAGCCUCAAUUUGAAGCUAUCGAAAGUUCUCGCAACAAUUUAAACAACCAAGUGAAUGCUCAAUUACAGCCUGAUGUAUACAACAAUACAACACAAGAGAUCGUAGAUGACAAAUUCGAUCAAUUGCAUUUACAAAACAGUACAACAGAUGAAACAGCAGUAUCACCAGUAACUCAGCAGAGCGCUGAACUACAGCCAUCGUCACGUUCGCCACAACACUCUCACGCUAGUGGAAAGCACAAGAAAAAGGUAUCUAAACGUCGAAAAAUAUCGCUGGAUGAUUUUGUUCUUUUGAAGGUUCUAGGAAAGGGUAAUUUUGGUAAAGUGUUGUUGGCGAAAUCGAAGAACAAUGAACGCUUAUGUGCUAUCAAAGUUUUGAAAAAAGACCAUAUUAUAAAAAAUCAUGAUAUCGAAAGUGCGAGAGCAGAGAAGAAAGUGUUCUUGUUAGCUACGAAGGCAAAGCAUCCAUUUUUGACUAAUCUUUUCUGUUCCUUCCAAACCGAAAAUCGUAUUUAUUUUGCUAUGGAGUUUAUUGGUGGUGGGGACUUGAUGUGGCAUGUUCAAAAUCAGAGGUUAUCUGUUAGAAGGGCGAAGUUCUAUGCUGCCGAGGUUUUGCUUGCUUUGAAAUACUUUCACGACAACGGGGUCAUUUACCGUGACUUGAAGCUAGAGAAUAUUUUGUUGACACCUGAAGGACACAUUAAGAUAGCCGAUUAUGGUCUAUGCAAAGACGAAAUGUGGUAUGGAAACAAAACUUCCACGUUCUGCGGAACGCCUGAGUUUAUGGCUCCGGAAAUCUUGAAGGAACAAGAGUAUACAAAAGCUGUCGACUGGUGGGCCUUCGGUGUUCUACUAUACCAGAUGCUUCUUUGCCAGUCUCCAUUUUCAGGUGAUGACGAGGACGAAGUUUUCAACGCUAUUCUUACCGACGAACCGCUCUACCCCAUUGACAUGGCCGGCGAUAUUGUUCAAAUUUUCCAGGGAUUGCUCACAAAAGACCCCGAAAGACGACUGGGCGCUGGACCGCGCGAUGCGUCAGAAGUCAUGUCGGAGCCUUUCUUCAGAAAUAUCAACUUCGAGGAUAUCCUUAAUAAGAGAAUUCAGCCUCCAUACAUCCCAGAAAUUAAGGCUGCUGACGACACCUCCUACUUCGAAAAAGAGUUCACAUCGGCUCCUCCUACGCUGACGCCGUUACCGUCGGUGCUGAGUUCAAACUUGCAAGAAGAGUUCCGCGGAUUUUCAUUCAUGCCUGAAGACUUGCUCCUAUAA